UUGUGGGUGUGGCCAAACCGAGGGGUGUGAGGUAGAGGGCGGGUGGUAUCUGCGUGUUCGCGUCACAGGUUAAUGCUAGCUGUCAAUUGGAAAACAAAACGUCUAACUCCAACUUUAUAUUUUAGGCUAAACUUGGAACUCAUUGUGGCAGGGAAAUUAGCCUGGAAUCCGCAAUUAUCUAGUUACUGUAAUAGUUAUGCAUGAAUGUCGCUGCUUUCGUCGUAUAGCCAUUUUCACGAGGACGUACACUAGAGAGCUAGCUAGUGGGCUACUGCUAGCUAGCUGACUUGCUAAAUUGGCUACCUAAGAAAGUGAAAGAAGACGGCAGCCAUACCAAUUUACUCAGACCUAUGCGACUGAUAUCAGGUAGUUAUUGAUCUAGCUAGCCUUUCACUUGUUAUUUUGUUCACAACACAGCGAUACAUUGAGCUAAUGCACUGCAAUUUGUAUGUAAUAAACAUCUAGCUAGUGACCGCAAUACGACCAAUGAAUACGACCCUGGUUGUGGCAGUAUAGCACUGUUUUCUAGUCAAUAGCUGUGCUCUCACAAUUCGUGUAGCUAGCUUGGUUAGUCAACUUGUGGCUCAACUGGAAAGUGUACUACUGGCGACAAUGUUUCCGAAAAUCGAAGGAUUGUACAUGUUUCUUGUCGUGCACACGUUUGCUGUGUCACGCGCCGCAGAGAACAAGGGACUGUGCUGACAAGUUACGCAUGAUGAUGUAGCUCCCUGCAACCGCAAAAAAAGAGCACUACACCAGACGGGAGAAGCUGUCCAUUUACCAGUGAGUGAUGGAGACAAGAGAGUUGACUGUGGUGGCUGGCAGCUUCGUGGGGUUUCAGCUGCUCUUCUCCGUGGCCAGCCCACUGUUCUCCUCAACCUUCACCCCUGGCUACGGCCGCCUGCCCUCCACCAAGCUCACUGAGUGGAACUCCAGAUUGGUGUCCACUGUCCAUGCCCUGAUCGUGGGCCUCUUCUGUCUCUACAUCCUGUGGUUUGAUGAUGCUGUCAACGCAGACCCCGUCUGGGGGGAGCCUGGACUAGUGAAACUUAAUGUGGCCAUAACAUGUGGUUAUUUGCUCUAUGACCUUGUGCUUCUGGCCACUAACUGGAGCACAAUGGGGGACAGCUUUUUUGUCUGCCACCACUUGGCGGCGCUCUAUGCAUAUGGAUAUGUCUUGUCUCGUGGCGUGCUUCCCUAUUUCGCCAACUUCCGUCUCAUUUCAGAGUUAUCCACACCUUUUGUGAACCAAAGGUGGUUCUACGAGGUGCUGAAGUACCCUCGCUCGGACCGCUUGGUUGUGGCCAACGGCAUGGCCAUGGCAGUGGUCUUCUUCAUGGUGCGCAUCUUCGUCAUGCCUCCCUACUGGGCCCGGGUGUUUGCCACCUUCGGAACGGAGGCCUUUGAGCGCUUGGGCAUCGGUGCUCAGGUGGCCUGGAUCACAUCCUGUAUCGCCCUGGACAUCCUCAACACCAUCUGGAUGUACAAGAUCGCCCGCGGCUGCUACAAGGUCAUGAUGGGCGCCAGCGGCAGGAAGGCCAAAGAGGUCUCCCCGCUCAAGCAGAACCAUGUGAAUAACCACACAGACUAAGAGAUACUGGCCAAAGGGGGGAGAUAGACAGACUCUGUGGAAGGGAGACAGGAAGGACUUCAAGGGCUCUUAUAGCCCCUGCUAGCUCCAGCCUUGCUAUUAUCUCCAUACCCAGAAAUCAUGCAGCCGAAUGGAUUCAGGUCCUCAUCAGAUUCAGCCUCACAGAAUGAGACUGGUCCCACACUAGCUUCUGUACCUCAGUGUUUCAUCAAUGGUAUGGUGGUACCCUGGCUGGGUUUGGUUCGAGAUGACAGAGUAGCUGUUAAGUAAACUCAUUAUUGUUCACCUUCAACUUCAACCCAAACUCAGUCAUCUGAAGUGCCUGUGAUGGACAGGUAGAAAGCAAUAAAAGAAGAAACCGUACUCUGGCUCUGUCAGACUCCCUCAGCCAUCAUCCUUUACCCUUUUCAGUUCCCUGACCCGUCCACCCAGAGGAGAGCCUCCUGCUUUGCCCACAGAAUAAGUACCUGUUAGUGUGCUAGUUUGACAGACCGAGACACCGCAAUGCCUCUUACUGCAUUUGCUGUGGCCUCCUUUUUAUGAACACCACCUACAUCGCCAGCAGACCGGUCCCCCUCUCACAGCAACAGUUCAGAUGCACAUCCAGGGGAAAUGGAGACAGGGAUGUGGGGGUUGGAUCCUACCGCUGCCGCCAACUCUCCGGAAUCAUGUUUUUCAUUGGACGCUUUUGCCUCAUCUCGUCCAGGGUCUGGCUGUGCUCUGUUUGGGUCUCUGGGAUCUCAGUUAUCCCAUUUGUUCCUCCUGUUACUCAACCUCAAAACCAGGAAUUGACAACGCGUCUUAACUUCACUACACUAUCAUAACCCUCUGUCACAGCGGAGAGGUUAAAUCCAUCCAGUUUGAUGCUUCUGUUCUACCUCUCCCCUGCCUUAUAAAGACGUGUCAGUCCCUCCAUAUGAGAAUAAUCACAAUCAGGUUUUUUCUCCUUCUGUAAUGAUGUUUUAGCCUUUGGAAAGAUCUCAUCCAUUAUCUCUAGUUCAGUGGACUGGAAAGGACGUUUUCUCUGUUUCUCUGGAGAUUUUCCCAGCCACUGCAGUGUAACACUACUGUUAAACACAACCCUUGUUCUAGUGUCUAUCUAAGGUACCUCUGGGGAUUUUCCCAGCCACUGCAGUGUAACACUACUGUUAAACACAACCCUUGUUCUAGUGUCUAUCUAAGGUACCUCUGGGGAUUUUAACUUCCAUUGUUCUCCUCUAUUCUCUGUGUUCUAUUGAGAACUGAAUUUGGAACAAGAGCAGGUCCCUUUAGGGGGGAAACAUUCUCCUGUUUUAGGUGCUGUUCUGCCUACAGAGUGGCAGCCAUAGGAAUGCUGGAAAUGUGAGGUUCCCAAUCGUUUCUAUAGAUAUUCAUGUAAGAUCAAUUAUGAAUUAUCUAUCUGACAAGAACAGCCAUACGCUGUCAAUGUUCUACUAUAUGUGUAGCCAUGUAAAGUCCUACUGUAUUACUCAGUUGGAAAUCGUCCUUUCAAAUCAAGUUGAUUUGAUUGAUUCAAAUCACUGAGAGCUUGUUAAGGAAACGUUGGGUUAUGAUGAUUUAUACUCUAGUUUGGAUCACUAAACAAGAUAAAUAUGAAUUGCAUUAAUCUAUGGGUUCCUCUGCACUUCAUUUUAAUCAGUGUAUUUAAUGUUUUUCACCCAGCUGUAUUGAGUGCAUGUUAAGUGUUUUGUUUUCUGUCCUCCUCCUGUCCCUAAAGCGUUGACGUCGUUUGGGACGGGGGUCUGAAAUGUUUGACUUUUCACUGUGGAAUGAAAGCACACUCCCCAUGGUGGAGCAAUAACCUUUUGAGCCCCUCCAUGUACCACCGAGGAGGGUUGUAUUGUCGUGCCUUUACGCAAACAGGAAAUCUAUUGCAGUCCGGUAGAGAUUAGCAUGACAUUUUAAUGUAAAACUGCUGUUUUUCCUUUUUUCUCGCUAUUGUAAUCUCUUCUCUCUAUGGAUACUGUUAUGUAUAUAUUUUUGUACCCUGCACAAUAAUGAAUCCAGACAAGUAUUCUCCAAAGUUGACCCCUCUGUAGGGCCUGCUUGUUUUUCUUCUGAAUACGGGAGCAGGCCUCGAUAUGAAUGUUGUGGUGGUUCUAGUGACAUUAGGAGGAGUGGCCUAGAGGCUGCUGGUUAUGACCAGAAUGAAGAUGAGAUUGGAAAUGUAAUUAUUGUCAUGUAGUUAUUCAGCUACUUCAGCUCGGUUGAGAAGCUAGUGAGAUUCAGCUCACUCUUCUCACCCAGUCCUCCAAUACUUCAAGCUGUGAAUAGAGCAACAUGUUUAUCAUUCAUCAGUCAAGAAAACAAUAUUUUCAACUGAGUACAUGUGUAGCCUGAUGAUGAGAUUCCUGGUGCGCCAGUAGGCUGUGGUGUGCAUUUAAGUCUGCUUCGGAUGCCUGUGAGAGAGGCUGUACUUCUGCACAAUGUCCAAAGUUUGUACAAACUAUUAAUUGGAUGUUUAGUGUUUCACUGGCUUCAGUGUGUCUGUGGUGUGUUGAAUUGCAAUGUAGACCUCUGGGUGAUUUAAAAUAGUCAAAGUUUUGGUUUUUGGAAAUGAUGAAGUGACACGGCGGUUUCUGUAACAUCAUGCCCGAGUGCACUUGUAUCCGCAAGAAAUAACCAUGUGGCCUUCUAUCCCUUUUGGAAGGCUAGCAUUGUGUAUUAAGAGGGUCUCAGGCCCUGGUGAGAAAUGAGGACAUGUUGUAGCUCCUGGAAGAACUGGUAGAACCGUUGCAUUUAUUUCAGCUGCAUUUCAUCUCUUGUGUAAGGUUGAACUUAGCAGCGUCUCAAGACUUUUAGCCAUUUGAUACUAAAUGCAAUGGAUUAGCCAGUAAAUAACCUUUGACUGAAUCCAUUAAUUCUUGCCCCAGCUUUUUGUGGACUCUCUCGGAUAGUCCUGCUUCACCUGUGGAGCAGAUCUGUAGACCGCAUCAGUCGCAUCCUUUAAGUCACAAGGAUGUGCGGAGAUGGAACAAAUUAAGUCAAGAAAAUAACUAAUAUAACUGAUAGUGAUGAAACGAGUGAACAUGAACUAAUGAGGAAAAAAUCAUAGAUCAAAUGUUGCCAGUGGGUUUUUGGUUGUUUUUUUAUUAUUUUAAUGCAAUGACAUUUAUUGUUACAUUAUUUUCUGAAUAUUUUAAUGUGAAAAGAACAAUACACAGGCCUUAGGGUCCCUGUCUCAACACCAUGUGAUUUAGAUUGCCUGUCUACAAUGACCACUACUAAUGAUGUCGUUGUAGCACUGAAAGUUCAGAAUUACUUGAAAGUUUUGCUCUUCAAUAAAUUUGAAGACAGAAAAAAGAUUUGUCUCAAUCGUUGCUUUUUGGCUUCAGAUGAACAAUUCAAACACCAUUGACUUUCAGGUAUUUUGUUUACACUGGUGCACACAAACUGAGAUAAUUUCAUGAAAAUACUGCAUGUUGGAUGCAUCGUAGUCAGAAUACAGCAGUGUUGGAAGGUUCUAAGCCUUCUAAGGUAUGUCUGGAUCAGUCCAGUCUAGCUAGUCCAUAACAUUUUAAUUGUUACAUGCUUUGUAAACAACCGAUGUAGACUAACAGUGACAUGCUUAGAUAUGUACAUAUAGGUAGGGCUACUGAGUGGCGCAGUGGUCUAAGGCACUGCAUCUCAGUACUAGAGGCGUCACUACAGACACCCUGGUUCGAAUCCAGGCUCUAUCACAACCGUCCGUGAUUGGGAGUCCCAUAGGGCGGUGCACAAUUGGCCCAGCGUCUUACGGGUUUGGCCAUCAUUGUAAAUAAGAAUUUGUUCUUAACUGACUUGAAUAGUUAAAUAAAGGUUACAUUAAAAAAAUGGAAAAGGGAUAGUGACUAGGCAACAGGAUAAGUAAUAGUUACCUGUGUGAGAGGGUGCCAGCUACCGCUCCUCUUCUGCCCAUUCUAGAUGAGUUAGAGAGAAAGAAGCAUCUGAACCACUGUUUGGCUCUGAUUGAAUCCAGCUCUACUGUGUGCGCCGGUCAAGGGGCUGGGUCACAGACUGGGCCUGGAGAGCGUUACCAAACAUGGUCACAUGAGACUCAAUGAAAGUCUCUUCUGCUACACACACUAUGUCACCUACACUAGUACACAACAUAAAUGCACAGACGUCAGUGCUUGUAAUGUUUUUGUAGUCUGACUGAAUCUGCAAAUCUGUUGUUGCUCCUUGGUUCACAAAUCUGUCUGUUUACUGUAAGUGGAUAGUGUAUUUAAACACAGAUCUGAUCGUUUAGGUCUAUAAGUAUUAGUGAAAUCUCAUUUUCCAUUUUUACAUAGCAUCUUCACAGCUUUCAGCAGUUGCAUUCAAGCUCCCCAUGUCUUUGGCCAGCACUAUUGAGCAACAUAGCAACUAACAAAGGCAGUAUUAGGAUGUUUGAGGAGGUAUUUGUGCAGAAAUCUUUCCCAGCCUUAAAAAACUACUCUGAAAUCAACAUUCCAGACUUCUGAGAGGCUAUUAAAAAUAACUGAUUUUUUUAUAAGGUACUUGAAACCCUUGACAAUUCAGUGGGGAUUUAACAUGACUUUUAACCAGUUUAUCAAAUAGCACUUUGCUAUACUAUACUAUACACAAACACUUUCUAAAAGCACCCAGACACUUGGGUAUUAAUUCACAAAAAAAUGUAUUAGUCAAGCCCAGAUUUCAGUCCUACUGUACAUAGACAGCCCAAAUUAUGAUGCUAAGAACCCAGCCUUCUGAAUUCUUCUCAGCCUAGGUUGAGGAGGCCUUCUACCCUAAAUAGCCAGACAGAGUUGAUGAGGGUGUGGAGAGGGUGUGGAGAGGGGGGAGCUGGAACUUUGGAAAUGCCCCUCUACCAUCCAGAACAGCAGUUUUCUGUCUCUCGCUGCUUCUCCAUGUUUCUCAACAGUUCCAGCUACACACGUGCACAUUUCUUUGCUUUGUCAAAUAUUAUGACUUGCACAAUUUGUCUGCCUCUUGAAUCUCGUAGCUCUCCCGAAGCCUCAGUCUUCUCAUCCCCCUUUGCCUGAGCUCUGUUUGUAGCCUUAAGUGUCCUUCCUACCAAGGUGUACCCUCUCUAAUGCCUCUUUUCUUGUGUUUCUAAUUCAGUUUGAAUUUAAAGUUGUAAUGUUAUCCAAACCUUGUCAUCUCCUCAAGACUCCAUGCAACACAGUAUUUCCACUAUGUUAGUGUUCAAAUAAACAGACCAUCAUAAGAGGUU